AUGGCAAUACUAUUACAGUUUAUAUCAACACUGCCCAACUUCUCAGGAACCAUUCGGAACUUUCUGACAUCUAGCUUCGACGGUGCAAUUAGACGACCCAAGUUAGUGUCGAAGGGCUUCGGAGUGUACACCAAGAUUGGCGAUGCUUGUGAGAAGUCGGCUAAGAACUACUGCAGUUACAGGGGAGUGUGUGUUGCAAUUGAUGAUUACGUGAAGAAGUGUGAAUGUAAUGUGGGCUAUUUGGGCGAGUUUUGCCAAGUUGCGCAAAAAGGAAUCGUGGGAAACGAAGAUGACAUUCAAAUCACGCUGCGAGGAAAGCAGUUCAUUUCGUUCAACGUGCCUGAGACUAUGGAAGUUUCCUCUGACAUAACCACCGUUCGGUUCCGCACUUUCCAAUCCAGUGGACUCCUCUUCUAUGUCGGUCAAAAUCCAUACAGGAGUGGGGACUUCAUGCAGCUGGCACUCAGAGAUGGAUCUAUAUACUACAGUGUCAACCUGGGCUCCGGCACCGGCUCCAUUGCCAUCAAGCCAGGAAACGCCGCCUACAACGAUGGCAACUGGCACAAUGUCGUGGUCGUGCGCGAGGGCCAAAAGGUGCAAGUGACGGUAGACGACUACGUGCAGAAGAGUGUUCGCACAAGUGGACAGUAUGACUCACUCCAACUCACCGGCAGCUUCUUCGUGGGGGGCAAGAGUGACCGCAACGCCUUUGGCAGGAGCUAUACCGACUCCCCCAACUUUGUCGGCUGUCUGUCACACGUGACUUUUUGGAGUCAUUUAUUAGAUGUCAAAUUCAUACCCUCCGUUCUGGGCGCUCUCCAAGAUGCCCAGUUGACAGGGCUUUCUUCUUCUUCUUCUUUGGAUGGAGGAGAGAAAGCAUUUGUGAACGGCUUCGCAGUGUCGAGGGGCUCGCUUGAGCAGACUUGUUGUGACGUGGAACCCCCCACAGAUGUGACUUUCAGAACAGGUCAAGGCUUCCUAUCGCUGCCCAAAUGGAGGUCACCGACCGAUGGCACUUUGUCCUUCAGUUUCAGGACGAAUGAGCCAUUCGGCGUGCUUGUGUACAAUGAUGGUGCUUUGAAGAACAAAGAGUUCUUCGGCAUAGAACUGUACGACGGAUAUCUCUUCUAUGCCAUCUACACUGGACAGGGAAACGCCACCAGAGACAAAAUAUACGCGCCCAGGAAUCGCCGAGUGACAGAUGCAAUGUGGCACGACGUCUCCAUCAUCCGGCUGGGAGCAUCGUGGAAGAUCCGCCUGGACACCAGAACUACCCAGGUCAACAUGGAUGGCGUGUCUCUGGACCUGGAGGGACCCCUACAGGUGGGGGGAGUCGAGCGGAGCCCAGUCAAUGACCGAUACUCACUCCCCAGACAGAUGUGGUCAGCGCAGCGUGGGUACAACUUCAUAGGCUGUAUGGGCAACUUCAAGCUAAAUGGGGGAGUGGUGGACCUGACGGGGUACAUAGAACAGAGGCACAGGGGGGACGUGGAGGUGGAUUGUGUUCACUCAGACAUGAGUCACUGCAAGAACAACUCAGUGUGUCGCAACGGUGGCUUCUGCUACGAGGGCUGGAACAGGUUCAUUUGCAAGUGUCAGACGGGAUACACGGGGCUCACUUGUCAGCAGGCCGAAAAGCCACAAUUCAUCCGAGAAGCGACCACUUACGACUUCCAGCGUGGCGACUCAGUUCGGAUCGAGAUGGACCAGCCCCUGGAAUCCGACUCGAUCGAGAUCCGGUUCCGGUUUCGCUGUGCCCCUGGCAACAACGAAGGCUCAGUCUUCUCCACCUACUCAAAAAAGACAAAUUACACUCUAAUUGUGGCAGUUAAUCAAAACGGAAAGUUGAUGGUGACUCUGCCUGUGGACGGGGAGAUGUCUGACUUCUCAGUCGUGGAACCCAAAGUGAGUGAUGGGCAAUGGCACGAGUUCAACUUCCUUACUGACCCCAACAGGGCUCUCUUCUGGGUCGACCACGAAAACGUCAUCAAAGCUUCACUCAAACCAGAAACCGGAAAAAACACGAUGAUCAUCGAUACCAUUGAAUUGGGAAUGCCAAAAAGCAACAAAUUUGCCCAGAGUUUUGGAAAAUUCAGCGGCCAGAUUCAAGAACUGCAGAUAAACAAUAUCAAAUAUCUGGACGUCAUUACGCAGCCAACUUACGCUAAGUUCGUCGAAUCAACGGCGAGAAAAGUCGAAGAAGACGCGCAGAUUACGAACUCGGUUUCGUUUCGUUCGGCUUCUGCUUCCGUUGCUGUCAAUAACAUCCCGGUGAGCAGUGGCGAACUCCGGGUUAGCUUUCGUUUCCGAACCCACUUUAACCGAGGACUUAUUUUGUACCGCAGCGUCCCGGGAGGCGGAGAUUUCAUCGCAGUUGAACUGACAGGAUCCGGACAGCUAAGAGUUGUUUUCAACUCCCUCCAAGGCAAAAACCAAGACGCCAAGUACAUAGAUUCGCCCCAGUCUAAGCCACUGAACGAUGAUAAAUGGCACAGCGUCAGUUUCCAGAGAAUUAAAGAGUCCGAUUAUCUUUUCAUAAACAAUCUGUACGUUGACGGAUCUCCGAUUACAGUUACGACUGGUCAGCCGGGAACCCUAGAACUAACGGGACCCCUGUACGUCGGCGGGGUCUAUAGAGAGAUCUACCAUCUACUGGAUAGUAGAAUCCAGAGUUUAGACGGGUUCAUAGGUUGUCUGGAUAGUUUGCAGUACAAUAACCAGCCGAUCGAUUUGGUAGCGGCUGAUCGUAUAAUAGAACCAGAGGUUGUUUUUACCGGAUGUCCGGACAAAUCCACGACGUACCAAUUCAACCGUGGCUUCAUCAAGUACACCUAUGCCCCUUCAUCCCAGAGAGGGGUCUCUUCGGAGGAGAAAAUGAGUGUGCGUCCUCGAUCCCUCACCAGUCCGGCCAAAGACAGUCUCGCCCUCGCCUUCAAAACCAGACAAAGUGACGCCACUUUAUUCGUAGUUCACAGCAGAACUACAGACGAGUUCCUCAAUGUCACACUCCGCAACGGAUACCCUUUCGUGUCGUAUCGAGUGGGGAGGGAGAUCCACUACGUGAAGGAUCCCAACUUCUACCAGGGCUUUAACGACGACAGACGUCACUCGCUCCUUUUCCAGCGCCUGGGUCCCAAUGCCACCCUCCGAAUGGACAGCGGAACCCCUUUCCAGUACACCGCCAGAUACGACAAUCUGUCCAUUUUUGAUGACCAGCACAUCAUUUUGAUCGGAGCCGACAGGCCGAAGCAUUUGCUGACCGAAGAUGCAUCUCAAAUGAAGUCAUGGGGCACAGAUUUCAAAGGUGAAAUUAUGGGUGUGUACUUCAACAAGAUGAAGCUUCUCAACGCAGCCGCUUAUGGUUUUAAACAAGUUCAAUUCAGCGGUGAUGUUACCGUGCGUCCCGAAACAGUGCCCCAAAUCCGCUACGACCGACCGGUGCACAACGACAUCGGGGCCUACUUCUUCGGGGAAGGGACUUUGGGAGCUGGGGGAGGGGCUGGGACUGAUAUUAUUUGGCCAGAUGACCACUCGUUGUGCAUGGAGACUUAUGGCUACGACACACAGAUUUGCUCCGGCAUCACAAGUGGGGGUGGAUAUCCCAAAAAAGAUGAAAUCAUAACCUUGGAUGAAUGGCAAGGCUACCCUGAUAUCAACAAGCCAUACGAUAGCCAAGAUCCUUACAAAGAUCGAGACAGGUACAAAGACAAGUACGAUGAGAUCACGACACUAAACGACGACGGAAACCCGAGACGGCCCGGCGAGGGUGGGGGGUUUCUGGACCCGAACUUGCAGAAAGGUCCCUUGAAACCAAAGAGCACCGAAGAAGCGCUGAGUUUACGAAUGUCGACUACAAUUUCUGGAAUCAUAAUCGGAAUUGUCGCUUCGAUAGUCAUCGCAAUUUUGAUACUAAUAUUCGCGGUUUACAAGUACAAAAACCGGACAGAAAUAGCGCAACACGCUAUCAGGAUUGACACAAUUAAGAUUGACCCUAUGAACAGUAGCAAUACUAGUAACACGUAUAAUAACAACAACAAUCAUAACACUUACGAUAGCUCCAGGACUAAUAACUCACCCUACAGUAUGAUCACCCCCGGUAAAAGUAUCAUGAAAAACGGAGGGGGUGCUGCUUCUACUGCUAUCAACACCCUCACCCGUGCAUCCAUAGACCACCAACUGCACGACAGUAAGGAGUGGUACGUGUGAAAACGAAGAAAAAAAAUAUAUUUUCGAAAAAUCAAAUAUUAAUUAUAAAAAAAAUGAUUUUUUUUCUGCGCAAUUUUCUCACGUGCCAAAUCUUCCUGCCUGUAGAUGUUUAAAUCAUGGCUCUUUUAAA